CUACAUUAGAAAACCAAGAUGGCUAACCUGGACGUGGAAGAUUUCAUUCAACAAAACAGAGCUGUGGCAGAGCAGGUAGAAACGUUUCGAGGUUACUGGGAGAGUGAGAAACACUGGGACGCCAGGAGGGAGUUCAUCCUGCGGAACAUUAACGACUUCGAGGAGCCGCAUCUGGACCACCUGCUCUCCCUGUCCAUGGUCUGGGCUAACAACGUCUUCCUCGGCUGUCGGUACAGUGCAGAGCUUUUGGAGAAAGUGAAGGAAAUGGCUGAGGGCAUCAUAGUGGAGGACGCACCUGUCUUCAAGACAAGAGAUGAGAUUGUUAAGAAGCAACAGGGUCGCUGACUGGCUCAUGCGUGUCGGAUUAAGCAUGAAGACUGAUGGACUCGGCUGUUAUGUACUGUACAGGCUGUGCUUGUAACAAGACGGACUACAUUUCACAUGGUUUUACAAUCCUGCACUGUUUAUCGCGGAUGUAAGCAAUGUGAACAUCAAAAAGUGUUUUAUCAAAAGCAGAAAGACUGUUAGUCAGCAUUUACUUGUGUAAAGAGAUCAAAUAUGUGGGAGCUUCACUGCUCGUUUAUUUUCACAUUUUUACUUUGUACUUGUGUUUGUUUUUUUUUUUAAUAAAUUCAGAUGACACAUGCAA